ACUCUGUAUUCAAAUCGUAACAACGUGAUAAAAGAUGAUGGACGGUGUUAUAAUUAUAUAGAUCAUUACGAGACGAUAAUACGAUAAAAAAGAAAAAGGAAAAUAGAUUUAAGCAUCAAGAGAAAAAGCAAUGUCGUUCAUCGUAAAUACAAUACGCACUACUAUACGUACUUGGAGCCCGCUAGUGACUACGGUACGGUAUCGUUAUCAUGCAGACAAAAUUGCUAGAGGUCCGUUGAUACGAAGAUACGGUUACGAAGAUCCGAUAGAUAUGAAGGGAUUAUUGCCUCAUACCGGAGGAACGAACAGACUUCCAAUGCCGAUCUAUCGUCCGGUGAACGCUUGGCAAGAGAAGAGAGCAUUAUUUGGACAAAAUGAUUACAUCGAUAUUCUAGGAUCUGAACAUUUGCACCCUACAAGAAUACUUUACAAGGUACCAUCUUGGUUAAGAGGAGUUAAAGGAAACGAAUAUAAAAUAUUAUUGAGAAAGAGGAAGAUGUGGAAAUCUGGUAUCUUCCCUAUCGCAAGACCGACCAAAUGGAAAGAAAUGCAAAAGAGGAUAAGAUAUCUAUAUAAGAAAUUAAACAGGAAGACUAAAACUGGAUUCUCUAAAAACCAAUAAGAAAUUAAUGAUAUAAUUUGUUAUAUCAAAUAAAAAGAUAAAUGAAUUUCAAUUGAA